CUCAGAAUUGCACUUUCACAGAUACUAUCAGUUGUCUGCGUUUUGCGCGUUUGACAUGCUGGUCGUGGAAACGCUAAUCUGCAUGGGAAUCUCAGCAGCUUCGUUUCUUUUGACAUUGUGAAGGCGAGUUCUUCCUGAUUGCAACCUAUAAAAGGCAAGACGAAAGCGAGAGCGAUAGGAAAGUACUGCCACUGCUGAUUCUAGCUGAAACUCGCUAACACAUUGGAAAAUAAGGCUUGGGAAGAUCUGGAAGCUGAUCAUUAACAGACAUCAUGCAUCGUCCAAAGGGAUCGUCCCUGUUUUCCUUUAGCUUUCAACUAGGAAUUGUGAUGACAGUUUUGCUCCUCAAGAUUCACCAUGUGACCGCAGAAAGCAAUAAUGGUGAAAAUACUUAUGUGCAUAAUGAAACAAGAUCAUGCACUGGAACAUAUGAUUGUAAAGAAGGCGUGAUCUUGCCAGUGUGGGAACCCCAGAACCCAUCUAUUGGGGACAAAGUUGCAAGAGCUACUGUCUACUUUGUGGCUAUGGUUUAUAUGUUCCUAGGGGUCUCCAUCAUAGCUGAUCGUUUCAUGGCAUCUAUUGAGGUCAUCACUUCUCAGGAAAAGGAGAUAACUAUUAAGAAACCCAAUGGGGAGACCUCCACCACAACAGUACGGAUUUGGAAUGAGACUGUGUCCAAUUUAACCCUAAUGGCAUUGGGUUCUUCAGCUCCUGAAAUUCUACUGUCAGUCAUUGAAGUGUGUGGCCACAAUUUUGAAGCAGGAGAUCUUGGGCCGAGCACAAUUGUAGGCAGUGCUGCCUUCAAUAUGUUUGUAAUUAUAGGUCUCUGUGUCUAUGUAGUCCCAGAUGGAGAACAUAGGAAGGUUAAACAUUUGAGGGUGUUCUUUGUCACAGCAGCCUGGAGCAUCUUUGCCUACACCUGGCUGUAUCUGAUCCUGGAUGUGAUUUCUCCCGGCAUCGUCCAAGUCUGGGAAGGCCUGCUUACUUUGUUUUUCUUCCCCAUUUGUGUUUUGUUUGCCUGGGUUGCAGACCGGAGGCUCUUGUUCUACAAGUAUGUCUAUAAGCGGUACAGAGCAGGGAAACAGAGGGGGGUGAUAAUUGAAACCGAAGGUGACCGGCCACUGCCGUCUAAGGUAGACAUUGAGAUGGAUGGCAAAAUGUUGAACUCCCAUGCCGUGGACUUCAUAGAUGGGACCCUAGUUCUGGAAGUAGAUGACAGAGACCUGGAUGAAGAGGAAACCAGGAGAGAUAUGGCAAGAAUCCUAAAAGAGCUCAAGCAAAAGCACCCAGAAAAGGAAGUGGAGCAACUGAUAGAGCUAGCCAACUACCAGGUUCUAAGCCAACAGCAGAAAAGCCGUGCCUUUUAUCGUAUUCAGGCCACAAGGCUGAUGACCGGUGCUGGGAAUAUCCUGAAGAAGCAUGCUGCAGAUCAAGCAAGAAAAGCUGUCAGUAUGCAAGAAGUUCGACCAGAAGUAGCAGAAAAUGAUCCUGUAACUAAGAUAUUCUUUGAUCCAAGUGUGUACCAGUGUCUUGAAAACUGUGGGACUGUGUCUCUAAAUGUUGUUAGGCGAGGAGGUGAUUUGACCAACACUGUUUCUGUGGAAUUCCGAACGGAGGAUGGUUCCGCCAAUGCUGGUUCAGAUUAUGAGUUCACUGAGGGGACCCUCGUCUUCAAACCAGGUGAGACACAGAAGGAAAUUAAAGUGGGAAUCAUCGACGAUGACAUUUUUGAAGAGGACGAGAACUUCUUGGUGCACCUUAGCAAUGUCAAGGUGCAUUUGGAUAAUGCAGCUGAAAACAAUCCAGACACAAAUCAUGUUGAAACAAUUGCAUGCUUGGGCAUACCUUCAACGGCAACUGUGACCAUCUUUGAUGACGACCACGCUGGCAUCUUUACAUUCGAGGACCCCGUGAUGCAUGUGAGUGAGAGCGUAGGUACCAUGGAGGUGAAGGUUCUGCGGACCUCUGGAGCUCGUGGGGUAGUUGUUGUCCCCUACAAGACCAUAGAAGGUACAGCCAGAGGUGGUGGAGAGGAUUUUGAAGAUACCCACGGAGAGCUGGAGUUCCAGAAUGAUGAGAUAUUCAAAAUAAUAAAGAUCAAAGUAAUUGAUGAUGAGGAGUAUGAGAAAAACAAGAACUUCUUCAUCGAGGUUGGGGAGCCCCGUCUGGUGGAGAUGAGUGAGAAGAAAGCUUUUUUACUGCAUGAGUUCGGUGACUUUAUAAAAACAGGGGAUAUUCAGUACGGCAAGCGUGUCUACAGGAAAAUUCACAGCAGAGACCGUCCAAUCCCAUCUACAAUAGUCCGCAUUGCAGAGGAGGAUGAAUUGGAGCCCCUGAAAAGCAAAGAUGAAGACGAGCGUCGCAUAGCAGAGAUGGGACGGCCAACACUGGGGGAGCAUGUCAAACUAGAAAUUAUCAUUGAAGAAUCAUAUGAAUUCAAGAAUACUGUGGAUAAACUGAUCAAGAAGACUAACCUUGCCCUGCUGGUGAAGACUAACAGCUGGAGAGACCAGUUUAUUGAAGCUAUCACAGUCAGUGCAGGUGAGGAUGAUGACGACGAUGAAUGUGGCGAGGAGAAGCUCCCUUCCUGCUUUGAUUACGUCAUGCACUUCCUGACUGUGUUCUGGAAAGUUCUGUUUGCGUUCGUCCCCCCGACAGAGUACUGGAAUGGCUGGGCCUGCUUCAUUGUGUCCAUCUGCAUGAUCGGUCUCCUGACAGCUUUUAUUGGGGAUCUGGCCUCACAUUUUGGCUGCACCAUUGGUCUGAAGGAUUCUGUAACUGCAGUUGUGUUUGUUGCGCUGGGAACAUCUGUACCAGAUACUUUUGCCAGUAAAGUAGCUGCCACUCAAGACCAGUACGCUGAUGCCUCCAUCGGCAACGUCACCGGCAGCAAUGCUGUGAAUGUGUUCCUGGGGAUUGGCGUCGCCUGGUCCAUCGCUGCCAUCUACCAUAACUCCCAAGGAAGGGACUUUAGGGUGGACCCUGGCACCCUGGCUUUCUCCGUCACCCUCUUCACCAUUUUUGCUUUCAUUUGUGUCGGGGUGCUGAUGUACCGACGGAGACCUGAGAUCGGGGGGGAGCUCGGUGGCCCUCGGACUCCUAAGAUCCUCACCUCAUUACUUUUUAUCAGCCUUUGGCUCUUGUACAUUCUCUUCUCAUCUCUGGAGGCUUACUGCCACGUAAAGGGCUUCUAAAGUACAGUAGAAGCUUCGGUGGGGAGCAGAAACAACAACAGCAAAACAGUAACAUGUUUUUUUGUUUUGUUUUGUUUUUUCCAUUUGCCUAUGGAAUGCAACUUUUAAAAGGGGAAUUCUCUUUACUUGAUUCAGAAAGACCUCAAAAGGAUGUCACCCAUGGGUAAAAGUUCAAAUAAAC